GGUCAGGUAAGGAAGGACCAGAAGUCCCCUUUAUACCACAGCAAGGCCCAGAGUUGCGUAUCAAGAUUCUUCAGUGCAGACCUGGUCUUUCAGAGCUCCUUUCUCCUCCCUGAGCCUUGUCAUUUCAGCAUUUGCCCUUCCUAGUGAGAAGGAAAGGCAACCAAGCCCCAGGGCCUUUGCCCAAUCCACAGCUGUUACAUGGCAGAGCCUGGGAAAGAAGAGAUGGCAUCAGCAGAGGCCUCAGGGUUCUCAGACUUGAGUGACUCAGAGAUUCUAGAGUCUCUGGACCCAGAAGAUAACCAAGAGUCAAGUGCUUCACUCAGUAAGCCUGGCUCCUCUUCGCAACUCCCCGGGAAGGAUGGCAAGCUUAGAAGCUUACCAAAGUGGAAAAGAGGAUUGGAUGUCUCAUCACCUAUGGAGCGAUUCCACCUUAAAUAUUUGUAUGUCACUGACCUGUCUACUCAGGACUGGUGUGAACAGCAAAUGAUAUAUGGGAAGGAGUUUUCUGGUUUUUUGGCACCUGAGAAGGCAGCUGUUUUGGACACUGGUUCCAGCAUCCACCUAGCUAGAGAACUAGAAGUUCAUGAUCUUGUGACUGUUCCCAUCACCACUAAAGAAGAUGCUUGGGCAGUUAAGUUUCUCAACAUUUUAUCAAUGAUUCCUACCCUGCAGGCAGAAGGGCUCAUCAGAGAGUUUCCGGUAUUUGGAGAAGUAGAGGGUGUGCUUCUUGUUGGAGUGAUUGAUGAGCUGCACUAUACAACCAAGGGGGAACUGGAACUUGCUGAACUCAAGACACGCAGGCGCCCUGUGCUCCCUCUGGAAGCUCAGAAAAAAAAAGACUGUUUUCAAGUCAGCCUGUAUAAAUAUAUCUUUGAUGCCAUGGUACAAGGGAAAGUGACAACUGCCAGCCUAAUCCACCAUGCAAAAUUGUGUCCUGAAAAACCACUGGGACCUUCAGUGCUGAGGCAUGCCCAGCAGGGAGGCCUCUCUGUGAAGUCCUUGGGUGACCUCAUGGAGCUGGUCUUCUUAGCUCUAACACUGUCUGACCUCCCAGUUAUUGAUAUCCUGAAGAUUGAGUAUAUCCACCAAGAGAGUGCCACUGUGCUGGGUACAGAGAUUGUGGCCUUUGAAGAGAAGGAGGUGAGAGGCAAAGUGCAACACUAUAUGGCCUACUGGAUGGGCCACCGACAUCCUCAAGGAGUUGAUAUAGAGGAAGCUUGGAAAUGCUGGACAUGCAACUAUGCAGAUAUCUGUGAGUGGAAGAAGGGUGAUGGGGUUCCCAGCUCCAACCUAAAACCCCAAGCCAAAAAAACUAAAUGAACAAAAGUUGUUCCUCCAGGAACUUUGAUCCUCCUGCUCCUGGUAUGCUCAGCAGAGUAAAAGGGCCAGUCACUGAUCUUGGCUUUCAUGGAGAGAUCUGGGAUUGUGUUGUCCCUGGAGCUUUACCAUGGAUUACUAAGAAGACAGAUGCUCAUCAUGGCUGGAGCAGUCUUCAGCAGUUAGUACUUCCCUAAGAAAAUUCUUUGGUUUCUGUUAAGUCUUCUACCUAUUUUUUGUUAAUUAAGGCUUUCUACAUUUUAUAUGAUAAAAUAAAGUGAAAUGCUCUCCAGG